AUGGAUUCAACAACAGCAACUGCAGAACUUGGUUGGACCAUCUAUCCAUCACAAGGGUGGGAAGAAGUUAGCGGCUAUGAUGAAAACAUGAACACCAUCCGAACUUACCAGGUUUGCAAUGUCUUCGAUAGCAGCCAGAACAACUGGGUACGCACCAAAUACAUCGGCCGUCGUGGUGCUCAGCGCAUCCAUGUCCAGAUGAAGUUCUCAGUUCGUGACUGCAGUUCUAUACCCAAUGUUCCAGGCUCCUGCAAGGAAACCUUCAACCUAUACUACUAUGAGUCUGACUCAGAAACAGCUACUAAAUCAUCCCCACCCUGGAUGGAGAACCCCUGGGUGAAAGUGGACACUAUAGCAGCUGAUGAAAGUUUCUCUCAAGUAGAUCUUGGUGGUCGCAUCAUGAAGAUAAACAGUGAAGUCCGGAGUUUUGGACCUGUUUCACACAAUGGCUUCUACCUUGCUUUUCAGGAUUAUGGUGCCUGCAUGUCACUCAUCGCUGUUCGGGUCUUCUACAGGAAAUGUCCCCAAGUGAUCCUUAAUGGUGCUAUCUUUACCGAGACCCUGUCUGGAGCAGAGGGCACCUCACUGGUAGCAGCCAGAGGGGUGUGCAUUCCAAAUGGGGAGGAGGUGGAUGUACCCAUUAAGCUGUACUGUAAUGGGGAUGGGGAAUGGAUGGUACCCAUUGGACGCUGCGUGUGCAAAACCGGGUAUGAAGCGGUGGAAAAUGGUACAGUCUGCAGAGCUUGUGCAUCAGGUUUCUUUAAGGCCUCACAGGGAGACCAAAAAUGUCUGCAGUGCCCCAUUAACAGUCGAACCACAAGCGAGGGAGCAACUAACUGUGUCUGCCGCAACAACUUCUACCGCUCUGACUCUGACCCUCCGCAGAUGCCCUGUACUACUGUCCCAUCAGCUCCACAAAACGUCAUCUCCAUAGUCAAUGAGACCUCUCUGAGGCUGGAGUGGAGCCAACCACAGGAGGCUGGUGGUCGAGAAGAUGUGGUCUACAACAUCAUAUGUAAGAGCUGUGGCAGUGGACGAGGCGGCUGCACCCGCUGUGGAGACAACGUACAGUUUGUCCCACGCCAGCUGGGACUCACCGACACCCGUGUCCACAUCAGCGACCUCCUGGCUCAUACCCAGUACACCUUUGAAAUACAGGCUGUCAAUGGAGUGUCUGACCAGAGUCCAUAUUCACCACAGUACACAUUUGUCAACAUCACCACCAACCAGGCUUCACCAUCAGCAGUGUCCAUUAUCCACCAGGUCAGCAGAACUCCUAAUAGUAUCACACUGUCCUGGUCUCAGCCUGAUCAGCCCAAUGGAGUUAUCCUGGACUAUGAACUGCAGUACUAUGAGAAGAACCAGGCAGAGUGGAACUCAUCUCUAUCAAGGAGUCAGACCAACACUGCACUCAUACGAAGCCUGAAGCCCGGAACUAUUUACAUCUUUCAGGUUCGAGCUCGGACUGUUGCUGGAUUUGGACGCUUCAGUGGAAAAAUGCACUUCCAAACAAUGACUGAAGAUGAAUAUAACUCCAGUAUCCAGGAGAAGCUCCCUCUCAUAAUUGGUUCAGCUGCUGCAGGGGUGGUUUUCAUCAUUGCCAUCUCUGUCUUUAUCUUUGUCUGCCACAGGAAAAGUUCAGACAGACCAGAAUCAGAGUAUACAGACAAACUCCAGCAUUAUAACAGUGGACACAGAUUAAAAAAAUCUGUGCGCCCCGACAGGCACAUGUGUCCCACUGAUUUGGGUAAACUGAUGUUGUGUUUUCUUUCUGUUGAAGUGUCACCAGGAAUGAAGAUUUACAUUGACCCCUUCACAUAUGAAGACCCCAAUGAAGCAGUCAGAGAGUUUGCCAAGGAGAUUGACAUUUCCUGUGUGAAGAUUGAACAAGUGAUUGGUGCAGGAGAGUUUGGGGAAGUGUGUAGUGGAAACCUUCGUCAGCCUGGGAAGAGAGAGAUCCUUGUGGCUAUUAAGACACUGAAGGCAGGCUACACUGAACGCCAGAGGCGGGACUUUCUAAGUGAGGCAUCAAUCAUGGGCCAAUUUGACCAUCCCAACAUAAUCCAUCUAGAGGGGGUUGUGACCAAGAGCAGCCAUGUGAUGAUCAUAACUGAGUUCAUGGAGAAUGGAUCCCUUGACUCCUUCCUCAGGCAAAAUGACGGGCAGUUCACAGUGAUCCAGCUGGUGGGAAUGCUGCGUGGUAUAGCCGCUGGCAUGAAGUACCUGUGUGACAUGAACUAUGUCCAUCGUGAUCUAGCAGCCCGGAACAUCCUGGUCAACAGCAACCUAGUGUGCAAAGUAUCUGAUUUUGGUUUGUCACGCUUUCUUGAGGAUGAUACUUCAGACCCCACAUACACCAGCGCUCUGGGGGGAAAGAUUCCCAUUCGGUGGACAGCACCAGAGGCUAUCCAGUACAGAAAGUUCACCUCUUCCAGUGAUUGUUGGAGCUAUGGAAUCGUCAUGUGGGAAGUGAUGUCAUAUGGAGAGAGGCCCUACUGGGACAUGAGCAAUCAAGAUGUUAUCAAUGCAAUAGAGCAGGACUACAGGUUACCCCCCCCUAUGGAUUGUCCCAGUGCACUGCAUCAGUUGAUGCUGGACUGCUGGCAGAAAGACCGGAACAACCGACCUAAAUUCAGCCAAAUUGUCAGCACCUUGGACAAGAUGAUCCGCAACCCCAACAGCCUCAAGGCCAUGACACCACUGUCAUCAAGUGUUCACUUACCUCUGCUUGAUCGCAAUACUCCAGACUUCUCGUCUUUCAGUACAGUGGAUGAGUGGCUGGACGCCAUUAAGAUGGGCCAGUACAAGGAGAAUUUUGUCAACGAAGGAUUCACCAGCUUUGAUUUGGUCUCUCAAAUGACCACAGAGGACAUCAUCAGAGUGGGAGUGACAUUAGCUGGGCACCAGAAAAAGAUCCUCAACAGCAUCCAGUCCAUGAGGGCCCAGAUGAACCAGAUCACUUCUGUAGAAGUGUGA